CAGUAGUACAAAGACUUCAUUCCACACAGCAAAAGUGGACCUGCAGCGUCCUUUCCUGCCUAACCAUGUAUGAAGGACAUAAAGCAUGGUUCUCCGACAGCGUGCCACAGGAUAUUUGCCGUCUCUGGGAGGCCGAAGGAGGAGUCAUCACAAAUCAUUAUCAUGCUGAAUUUCUUUUUAGCAGUGAUGCUUCUCAUCCUGAUACACAGAGGAUCUACAAAAGCAAGGACUAUGCAGAAAGCAAGGCUACAGUUUUUCAUGCCAGUUUUCUUCAAGUAAACACCCAGUCUAAAAAUAAGGUUCCUCUGGGUCAUUUUAUUCUUCCACCAUUUUGUCUGCAGGAAGAAAUUAAAAAGAAAAUUGGCAGAUUUUUCUGGGAGCAGCAAAAUGUUCCUUUUGUAUCACAGGAUGUAUGCAACAAUGAAGAGCCAGAUUGUAUCAACAAAGAAAACCAGCAGAGAAAUGCAGAAAUAGAUAAAGGGAAAGAGAUACUUCAAUUUACCAUUGACACUACAAAAGAAGUCAGGUGUUAUACUCUGCAGAAUUACCCUGUAAAUAAUAUGCUCACAGAUUACAUUUCCAUUGAGGACAUGGAGAAAUUCUCCGGGGAACUGCAUGAUUUUACACCCAACACUGCAGAUUAUUCAGCUUUUUGUGUCCAAGAUGAAAAUAUUUUGUUUUCUAAAGUUAAAGAUCCUAGAUAAAAAAAUAAAGCUCACUGCCAUGUGAUGUAUUGCAAA